UAAACGUUUGGUGGUGGUGGUCCCCAACGAGAGCUCCUUCCCUGCGGUGCGGCGAGCUUACACCAGCGAGGAUGAGGCGUGGAGGUCGUACCUGGAGAACCCGCUGACGGCCGCCACCAAGGCCAUGAUGAGCAUAAACGGGGACGAGGACAGCGCCAACGCCCUGGGCCUUCUGUACGACUACUACAAGGUGCCAAAAGAAAAGAGACUUUUGCCAAGUCCCAAAAUCGCUGAACUCCCAGAGGAACAGGAGAAGAGACCAAAUGAAGCAGAAACAGUGGACAACCAUGUCCAGGUCCUCAAGUCUGUCCCCGUCAACUUGUCCCUGAGCACAGAGCAGCAGGAGGCCAAACGGGAGCUGCUGUGCAGCUCCACGGCGGGGGAGGGCUCGGUGGACGGAGGCUCUCCGGCCGCGGCCGUGGUGAAGGUCGAAACGUACCCCCCGGUCUUCAUGGUGGGAGCCGGACUCCCCUACAGGGUGGAGGGAGAGGAGCGGCUGGUUUACGAGCAGAGUCCGUACGAGGUGACCCCCGUUGGUCAUGGCUCCUACGUGAAGGAGGACAAACUGAGUCCACCCGACAGCCCGUACGAGGAGACGGAUGGGAAGUACCGCUCACCUUCCUCUCUACCUACAGACAACUUCUUAUCUCACCACGAGGCAGUGGACACCUUUCAGUACACUCUGGAUGCGACCCGUUCGCUGCGUCAGAAGCAGGGCGAGGGGCCGAUGACCUACCUGAACAAAGGCCAGUUUUACGCCGUGACGCUCAGCGAGCUCAGCGCCAACAAGCGCCUGCGUCACCCCAUCAGUAAAGUCCGGAGCGUGAUCAUGGUGGUGUUCAGCGAGGACAAGAACCGUGACGAGCAGCUCAAAUACUGGAAGUACUGGCACUCCCGGCAGCACACGGCCAGACAGCGAGUGCUGGACAUCGAUCUUCAUCACGGUGAACUGUCUGAGCACAGACUUCUCCUCUCAGAAGGGGGUGAAGGGUCUCCCUCUGAUGAUUCAGAUCGACACAUACAGCUACAACAACCGCAGCAACAAGCCACUCCACCGGGCCUACUCACAGAUCAAGGUCUUCUGUGACAAGGGAGCGGAGAGGAAAAUCAGGGACGAAGAGAGAAAACUGUUGCGCAAGAAGUCCAAAGUUCUGCUUUACGUCAGAAAGGAGACGGACGAGGUGUUCGACGCCUUGAUGCUGAAGUCUCCCACGCUCCGAGGGCUGAUGGACGCAAUAUCGGAGAAGUACGGCGUGCCCACGGAUAGGAUAGCCAAAGUCUACAAGAAAAGUAAAAAAGGAAUCCUGGUGAACAUGGACGACAACAUCGUCGAGCACUACUCCAACGAAGACACCUUCAUCCUCGGCAUCGAAAGCCACGCGGACGCCUACAAGAUAAUGCUGACGGAGAUYUGACUGUAGAUCUGAGAGACUGCGGGAGAAAUGAAAGGAGAAGCUGUGACUGCUGAUAAGCUGACGUUACCGGAGACGCUCCAUGGCUGGAGUGGUGCCGAGAGUUUGAUGUCCACACGUCUGAUUCCUCUCCAACACUCCCACUGUGAAGCAGCUCCUAUUUUCUAUGCAGGAGGACGGUGAAAUUAACAAAAAGGACUUUAUUAUGAACUGAGACUAACGUCCUCCACUUUAACGGAAUAUUUUAAUUGUAUAAAAGACUUUGUUUUAUUCUGUACAGAUGUGUUUUUUUUUUGCCAAACAAUACAUCAGAAGUAGCCACAGUUUGAAUUAGUUGGUCCCAAGUAACUUAGAUCAUUUGUAYGCCAGAAUACGUUGUUAUUAGAUGUGUUAUUAUUUAUUUGUGUGUUGCAUUUCAUGACCAGCUUAUCUAAACAUUUCACCAACUUUCUAGCACAUUUCAGUGAUUACUCACACACUCCGUUUUUUUUAAAUGACUUAAAUGCCCUUUSUUUUCCUGCAACGUGGUAAUAUUUAUGUGUCCACAGUUAGCCCAAGUGUUAUUUAGUAGAGCCUGACAUCAGGUAAUGAUACAGAAAUAUAAUAAACAUCUCAUGGGGGUGAAUAAAACCGAACUGUCAUUCA